AUGCUGCCGUCGGUUAUCUUCCUCUUUGCUCUACUUAACUUGCUUUUCUCUUCCCAAGUGGAGUCAUUUUCUCUGAGUGUGCCAUUUGCUUCAUUGGAACAAGCUAAGUUGUGGUUAGUUAAGCCAUCUUAUGCACCAUCUUAUCCACCCGUGUCAUCUCCAUCUUUCCAAGGUCCUAGUGCAACUCCAAAACACAAACAUCAUCAUCGUCACCAGCGCCAUCAUAGCAUGAGACCUUAUGUAGGGGCUCCACCACCUUCCAAAGAGCAAGCUUGCGAUCAAAUAUGUACGGAUCCUCUCACGUCAACUCCCUUUGGUUCACCUUGUGGUUGUGUAUUUCCUAUGAAAGUCAAACUUACACUGGAUGUAGCUCCUUAUGCUGUUUUUCCAGUAAUGAACGAGUUAGAGUAUGAAGUUGCACUAGGCACAUAUUUAGAACAGAGUCAGGUGAAGAUAAUGGGUGCAACUGCUGACGGUCAAAAUCAGGGAAGAACUAUUGUUGAUAUAAACUUGGUUCCAUUGGGAGAGAAAUUUGACAACACAACUGCAGCCCUGACAUACGAGAGGUUAUGGCAUAAAAAAGUUCCUCUAAAUAAGAGCCUUUUUGGUGAUUAUGCUGUUGUGUACAUUACAUAUCCAGGAAUUCCAUCUUCACCACCAUAUGGAACUUCAAUCGGGAGCGGUCCUAGUGAAAAUGCUGAUGGUAGUUUGCCAGUGAGUGCCAAUUUUGCUAGCAAGAACCAGAAAACAAAUCUUAGAACUAUAAUCAUCAUUGCUUUGUCUUCGUUUGUUCUCUUGCUGGUUUUGGUUGGAGCAUUUUCUGUUGCUCUGAAAUGGAGGAAGACUAGGAGACCAUCAAGUGCAGUUGGCCCAGCAUUUACAUCUUCCCUGAACAAGAGAUCUGGCUUGGGGUCUAUGCUGUCAAGCAGUAUUACGAGCUCGACAUCAGUGUCCCUCAUGUCUACAAUGCCUACUUCCAUUCUCUCUGUUAAAACAUUUUCACUGUCUGAGAUUGAGAAAGCAACACAUAAGUUUAAUUCAAAGAGAGUAUUAGGGGAAGGAGGAUUUGGACGUGUGUAUAGUGGGACAUUAGAAGAUGGGGCUGAGGUUGCAGUGAAGCUCCUUACAAAGGAUAAUCAAAAUGGAGACCGUGAAUUUAUUGCAGAAGUUGAAAUGUUAAGCCGUUUGCAUCAUCGCAAUCUAGUGAAACUUAUUGGUAUUUGCAUUGAAGGGCGCAGGCGUUGUCUGGUGUAUGAGCUAGUUCCGAAUGGCAGCGUUGAGUCCCAUUUGCAUGGUGAUGACAAGAAUAGGGGACCUCUAGAUUGGGAAGCACGGAUGAAAAUUGCCCUUGGAGCUGCAAGAGGAUUGGCUUAUCUUCACGAGGAUUCCAAUCCCCGUGUAAUUCAUCGAGACUUCAAAGCUAGCAAUGUACUAUUAGAAGACGACUUUACCCCUAAAGUUUCUGAUUUCGGUUUGGCACGAGAAGCAACUGAAGGAAGUAAUCAUAUUUCUACACGGGUGAUGGGGACUUUUGGGUACGUUGCCCCAGAAUAUGCAAUGACAGGCCAUUUACUAGUUAAAAGUGAUGUUUAUAGUUACGGAGUUGUGCUUCUUGAACUUCUCACUGGCAGAAAACCAGUGGAUAUGUCUCAACCUCAGGGACAGGAGAAUCUUGUAACUUGGGCGCGGGCACUGUUGACCAGUAGAGAAGGUUUAGAACAGCUAGUGGAUCCAUCUUUGGCUGGAAGUUACAACUUUGAUGACAUGGCAAAGGUAGCAGCUAUUGCGUCAAUGUGUGUUCACUCCGAGGUCACACAGAGACCUUUUAUGGGUGAAGUUGUGCAGGCUCUUAAACUGAUAUACAAUGACACAGAUGAGACUUGUGGAGAUUAUUGUAGUCAGAAGGACUCCUCUGCUCAGGAAUCUGAUUUUAGAGGUGAGCUUGCCCCUUCUGAUAGCAGUUGGUGGAAUGGUGGAGGAUUAACACCUCGAUUAACUUAUGGACAAGCAUCUUCCUUCAUCACAAUGGAAUACAGUUCUGGUCCACUGGAAGAUAUGGAAAACAGACCGUUUUCAACUUCAAGCUUUAAUGGAGAUGAGAUAUCUUUACCAAUUAGGCAUGGGAAUAGAUCAGGUCCCUUAAGAACAAUCCGAAGCAAGUUAUCUUUAUAUAGAUUUUCAGGAAGUCGAAGUGAGCAUGGGGAGCGUUCUUCUAAGCGAAGUUGGGUAUGA